AUGAGAUAAAUAAGAAUAGAGUCUACGGAUAAAUUAAAUAAGUUCAUUUUAUCAAAGUCUAAUUUUCAUUAGAAAUCAAUUAGUAUGGAUAAGUAAGCAUAAGAACGCUUAAGUUUGGAUGUGAUAUCUUUGAAUUCUUAAUUGUAAAAUGAAAUGCCAUCUCAUUUUAAAGAAUAAUUUAAAUAAGUAGCAUCAACAAUUUUAAGUGCACUUAAAUAAAUGGAUGCAGCUCCUUUAUUAGUUCAAGUAUGAUAAAAUGAUAAAAUAUAAAUAAAGAGCUAUUAAGCCUUAUAACGAUUGAUGUUACAAUUAUUGAAAAAUGAUUAUCGAGAUGAUAAUAGAGAGUCUAAGACUUUGAGAGAAGUUAAAGAGAUAGAUAAAUUAAAAGUAAAUUCAUUACUUGUAUAGAAUAACAAAUUAGCAAUAGAAAUUAAAUAGUUAUCAAAUAAGUACAAUAUUUUCAAUUUAUUUUAAGAUUAAAGGAACUAGAAGAGAGUCAGGAUGUUGUAAAAUUAAGAGAUGAGAUAUAAAGGAUUACUUAGGUUAAGGAUGAAUAGAUUAAUCGAUUAAUAAUAUUGAAUGACACUAAAGAGAAGUAAGUGUCAAAAAACAGUCAAUUAAUAAUUUAAUUGAAAUCUGUAAUAUAGAAGUAGGAUAGUUAAAUUCAAAUACUAGAGAAUUAUUUAGAAAGUGAUAAAAAGAAAUACAGCCAUAUUGAAAACACAUAUGACAAAAUGGUGAAUGAGAAUAGACAUUUGAAUGAAUUAUGCAAAAUGCAAGAAGAAGAUCUGACAGCUCAUUAUAUUAGAUAUAGACAUUAUUUAAGAGAGGAAGCCAAUUCUAGAAAAAAAUUACUUAUGCUUUAAGAUGAAAUUGACAAAAUGAAAAUUGAAAAGAGUAAAAGACCUGAAGUUCAAAAAGUAGAUCCUGAGUAGGAAUAGAAGUUAAUGAGACUUGCUUAUAAUUUUUCUUAGGAUAAAUAAUACUUUAAAAUAAUGAAAGAACUUACUUAACUUAAUAUCACAAAAUUAAGUGAUCAAGAAUAAACAACAAUUAUGUUUCUUAAACAUGUUCGUUAUGAUUAUAUUUAUUAUGAUUCUCUAAGUAAGUUUUAAUAUCCUCGUCCUAGUUUUCUCUUAUUUUAUGAAUCAAAUAUGAAGAAUUUAGAAUAAGAUUAUAGGAAUAUUGAAUUUCAUUAAAUUAGCAUAUUAUAUUUUGCUACAAUUAGGUCUAUUUUAGAUUCAUAAUACAAUGAAUUUUUAUAUAGAGAUAAUUAAUAUACUCCUGUAAAGUUUGCAGAUUUUGUUUAUGGAUGGAUAAGCAAUUUUAUUAUAAAUCCUAAGACUCGAUAAAUAGAAAUAAUUAAAGAUAGAAGUUUUGAACAUCUCGAACCAAUAAGAAAUGAUUUUAUUUUGGAUUGUUUAAGUCCUAAAUUAGCUAAAUUACAUGAAGUAAUUAUUUUUAAGUAAUUUAUAUAUUAAUUAUUAGUGAAUUAUUAUUUGAAUUGAGUUCUCCAGAUGAACUUUAUUAUUAUUUAUAUUCCCGUUUCUUAAUAUUUAAAGGAAGUCUAUCAAAUUAAUAAAGAUAUAGUUUUGAAGCAGUUAUUUUUGUUUAAUUGAAUUGGGUUCAAUAAAUAUUAGAAAUGCUUUUAUGGAAAUAUGAUUAAUCUAUGUACAAUUAAAUCAAUUAAAUAAUUAUUGAGAGUAGUGUUACUAAAGGUAAAGGGACAAUUGUAGAUGGACAUUAUGUUUUGAGAAUUCUUCUUGAGUUAUAUAGAACAGAACGGAGAAAUAGAUUAGCUAUGCUUAAAGAAGUAUUUAGUGCUUGUAUUUCUGUUUAAAGUUCAGGUAAGAGUGGUGUUACUUAUAAGAAUUUCAAGAAAAUAUUUUAAAGCAAUUUUCCAGAUGUACCAGACUAAGAGAUAUGUUCACUCUUUAGAGAAUCAUUUAUGUGUGGAGAUGGAGUUGUGACAGCUGAAUCAUUUUUUACUGCUGCUUCAGAAUCUUGCUUUUUUGUUAAAUAAAUGUUACUUAAAAGUUUAAUUAAGACACCCAUUGUUGAAUUAAAUGAAAUUUCAUACAAAGAAAGUAAUUUACCAUUUCUAGAUUUCUAUUAACAUUAUAAAUAAUUACCACAUCAUUUAGUAUAAAAAUGUUGUCUAUAAUUUGGAUUACAUUCAGUAAUUAUUGAAUUAGAAGAAUUACAUAAACUAAUUAAGAAUUAUUUUUAAGAUUAAUACAAUUAAUAUUCUCUAUUCUCUACAGUAACUAAAUUAAUUCAUAUAUAUAAUACAGUUAUUGAUUUACAUAUGAGAUAAUAAAAUACAUUUAAUAAAGAUUGGGAUUAGAGUGAAAUUGAAUCAUUAAAAUCUUUGAAUAAUUAAUUAUCUUAAUUAUUCUCACCCUUAAUAGAUUAUGAUCAAUAGAAGAAAUUAUAAAAUAUAGCUAAACAAAGAAAAUUACGACCUUUGCAAUUAUUUGUAAAAAAUCGAGUUUAAAGAUUUUAUUAAAUGAUAGCAAAUAUUAUAAACAAUAAUAACAUCAAUGUAGCAGAUCCAUAAGUGGCAAAGAGAAGAUUUACCAAAUAAUCUUCAAUAAAAAUGUUAUGA